AGAACCAUUCUGACUCGGAAAGUCGUCUUUAACGGACGUUCUUAAAUCGUUUUCUGGUGCGCGCGCAUUUUUUUACGUUAUUUUUUUUUCGGUGAAUAUUCACUUGCUACAAGUUUAUACAAUAAAUGGUUUAGUGGCUUGGUUUAUGAAUGUGAUAUUUUCAUAAAAUAUCGUGUCGUGAUCAAAUUUUUUAUCGAAUUAAUCGGUUAAUUUAUAAUUGAAAGUAAUUACGGAGUAUUACAUUCGGUGUAUGUCGUCUUAUGUCUUGGAUAUAUUUAUAAACUUUGUUGAAUGAACAUUACUGUGAAAAAGAUACAAAGCGAUUAGACUGAAAAUGUGCGGGACAUUCUUAUAAUCAUCGCGUUAUAUAUCUUAACGUUAUAUAUGUGUUAAUUAACAUCGGCCAGAGACUCUGUUAUAAAAUGUAAAUUGCGAUAGACAAUAAGUUGCAACAAGUGGAUGAUAUAUAGACUUUCGAGCAAUCAGUUAAGCAUUACAAAUAUUUGUUUGAACAAUUAAAAUUUAAGUGCCGAACUCAACAAAAAAAGAAAGAAAAGAAAAUGCUUCGACUUAAUCACUUCCUUACGAUAAAUCCAACCAAGAACAUUGUGGCAAUAACAAAUUUCAUUUUAUUCAUAACAAACGCAUUGGUACAAUGUGAUUUAACUCAUCAAUUUAAUGUAAACAAUAAUUUCGACAGUGUUCCCACUACAGUGAAAACCUUUGAAAAUGAUACUGUAUUGCUGCCGUGCAACCAUAACUCCGAAAUUCGUAGCAUUCGAUGGAUAAGGGAAGCCGUACUGAUUAUCGACACAAGACAUCCUGAACUACUACCACCGCCGAGGGUGACACUGUUUCAAAAUGGCAGUCUACAAGUUCGUAGCCUUAAGCCGGAAGAUACGGGCGAGUAUAUCUGUGAGAUAAAGACGAUUGAAGGAGAACUGGCAACACAGUAUCAUGCAAUCGAAGUACAAUAUCCUCCGAGUGUUGUGUCAGAUCCGAAAGGCAUAUUUGAAGUCAAAAUUGGUUCCGUGUUUGAGAUUGUUUGCGAAGCGAAUGGAGUGCCUCAGCCGAUAAUCACUUGGAAGCGGAACGGAAGGGGCGAGUCUGACCAUUUGGAUAAUACGCGACGAACGACGGUUGAAGUGACGAGUCGGGAGAUGUCCGGACCGAUUGAAUGCAUUGCUACGAAUGGUGUUGGUGAACCGGCUGUUGCCGGCAUCAAUAUGAUUGUAUUAUUCCCUCCAGAAAUAAAACCUGAAUCAGCAGUCGUCCAUACGAAAAUCAAUCUCCGCGCUUCACUAGAAUGUCACGUGAUUUCCGCACCGGUAGCCACUGUUCAUUGGUUCCAUCAUGGUGUGCCCGUUCUGCAAGAUCUUCGUAUAUCGCGACACGAUACCGAUAUUAACGUCAAUCUUACCGUACUGAACUAUCACGCAACGACGAAGCAUGUGCUAACGAUUAAGAAGGUGAAGGAAACGGAUCUGGGAAUGUACGAAUGCCGUGCGGAGAACAAAUUGGGCUUCAAAGGGGCUGUUAUUGAACUGACUGGUCGACCAUUACCAUCCGCAUUUAAGACAUCGCCGUUGGCCUCGACACCAAUGACCCACAAUUUGAUUUGGCAAACAGAAAGCUUAUCGCAGAUCUUCGAAUAUAAACUGAAAUUCAGACAAAUUCCGUCCGGAAAUAUUACUCCAAUGAAUCGACAUACCACAAUCGAUUGGAAUGAGUUGGUCAUUCCAUCUGAACUGUCCGAAGGUCCGAUACAUACGAUCGGUUAUACGUUACGCGGAUUGAUGCCUGCGUCCAUAUAUGAUGUAGCUGUACAGUCACGCAACAGAUAUGGUUGGAGUGAUAACAGUCGUAUCAUCCGAUUCGCAACAGGCGGUGAAAUUGAACUGCCGAACCUAUCGACCGAAACCAUUGACUACGAGCCGAUUGAUGACAACUACAUAACCGAUAUGAAUACUCCAGCUGAAUACAGUGACUAUGCGAUUUCGAAGAGUAAUGUGGUGAUGGGAAGCUUCUCACUAAUCGGCUUUCUAUUGACAUUGAAACUUACUGUGUGCCGUUAAUAAAGUUGACCGUUCUCUUACCGCU